AUGAUAUGGUCCUCGCCAGUUUGGGCUCGAGCCGUCUGUCCCUCCAGCCUCGACUCGCUCCGCAAGCUGAGAACAUAUUCCGGUCUAACUAGACUGUCGGACGGCAACUCGUUUUGUCCACUUCUCCACGCUCUCGUCCAUUUUGUGACUUAUCUAUACACUCCCAUCCGUCUUCCCCUCUUCACAAGAGGAUGGACGACAGGCCUCCAGCAGCAAUAG